AGACUAUAUUACCCAAAGGUCCCAAACUACUCAAUUGAGUUCACGCACUUAGGUCACUCUCUAGCAAAUGCGCUCAAAUAGCUAGCAACACUCAAAUACCAUUAUUUACAUGGAACGCAAAUUAUCAUACCAAUGACGUGAGUUUGAAACUCGUUCCAUGAUGAAAUCGUUAUCGAUCAAAUGCAAUUUUUACAAAGGAAACUAUAUAUUUGCCAUGACUCGUAAAUAUACACAAGGAAUAUGGAGGUCCUAUUAACUCCAAUCAAACCAAAAUAGAUAAAUAUAUCGUGAAUCAUGUGUAGCCAAUAUAUACCCACACUUCUAUAUAUAAGUGCAUCCACUUCUCUUUGUUCUCCAAAUCAAACAUAAACACAAUUUAUUCAGAGAUAUACAGAUGGAUAUUGCAGAAGAAAGAUUGAAAGGGCAAGCUGAGGUAUGGGAGCAUAUGUUUGCAUUUGUAGAUUCAAUGGCACUGAAAUGUGCAGUUGAACUUGGUAUACCCGAUAUAAUAAACUCUCAUGGUCAUCCUGUCACAAUAUCUGAAAUCAUCGACAGUUUAAAAGCAAACACAUCAACAUCUCCCAACGCCGAUUACCUCACACGUAUAAUGAGACUACUGGUUCACAAGAGGCUAUUUACUUCUGAAAUUCAUCAAGAAAGUAACCAACUUCUCUAUGAUUUAACUCGAUCAUCAAAAUGGCUACUAAAAGAUUCCAAGUUUAAUUUGUCACCACUGGUUUUAUGGGAAACUAAUCCGAUAUUAUUAAAGCCAUGGCAAUAUUUGGGCAAGUGUGUUCAAGAAAAAAGUUCUCCAUUUGAGAGAGCUCAUGGAUGUGAGAUUUGGGAUCUUGCUUUAUCUGAUCCUAAGUUUAAUAAUUUCCUAAACGGUGCAAUGCGAUGUUCGACUACAACAAUAAUCAACGAGAUGCUGCUUGAAUAUAAAGAUGGAUUUAGUGGUAUAGCAGGAUCGCUUGUUGACGUCGGUGGUGGGACCGGGUCGAUAAUCGCUGAAAUAGUUGAGGCUAAUCCACACAUACAAGGUAUCAAUUUUGAUCUACCACAUGUAGUGGCUACAUGCCCUGAUAUCCCAGGGGUGAAGCAUGUUGGUGGUGAUAUGUUCGUUGAUAUCCCGGAAGCUGAUGCUGUCAUCAUGAAGUGGACAUUGCAUGACUGGAGUGACGAAGACUGCACAAUUAUACUGAAGAAUUGUUACCAAGCAAUAAGAAAGAAGAAGAACGGAAAAGUCAUAAUCGUUGAUUGUGUAUUACGUCCGGAUGGAAAUGACUUAUUCGACAAAAUGGGAUUGAUAUUUGAUGUGCUGAUGAUGGCACAUACUACAGCUGGAAAAGAAAGAACAGAAGCGGAAUGGAAGAUCUUAUUGAAUAAUGCAGGUUUUCCUCGUUACAAUGUCAUUCGAACUCCGGCAUUUUCUUGCAUCAUCGAGGCCUUUCCAGAAUAAUGAUGCAGUUAUAGUGGCCCAACGAUACUCUCAAGCUAUAUAUAUGAUAUUUCCAAAAGAAUGUGUUAUCUUUGUGCAUGUUUUGUAGAGUGUGGUAACUUUGGAAAGACCAUUUACGCUAUUUGUUGGCUAGCUAAGGGUCAGGUUCCUACAAAAUAAUUCAGAGCUUUAUGUUUUUGCAUGGUAAUAAAACAAUUCUCCUGUGAGAGAGUUGUUACCUUGUCUGUAAUCUGUAUUGGUAUCCUUGGACAUCUGCGGUGGUUGGAAUGUAUUCUGAUUUUGCGUUUUUACGUA